AUGAAUAAGAAUGUCUAAAAAUCAAAAGAUUAUAUGAAGAGAAAACAAAAAAUAUAUCAAGACAAGCUGAAUGCGAUACUCUCAGACAUUAAUCAAUUUUAUCAUAUUAGUUUAUCACGCAAAUAAUUUUUAAUUCGAUACUUUCAAUAUUUAUUGGAGUUCAAUGAGAGAUAGCUAAAAGGCGAUGUUAGUCCAUUCUUUUAUGAAAUGAUUGACUAUUUUAAAGAAUUCAACAUAAAGCAUUUUUUUCCCAAAUAAAUUUGGUAAUUUGAUGUUGCAAGUAUAAAAUAUUAUGAAUGUAGAAUCCUUUAUAAAUAGUCUAUAUAAUGUUUCUGAACCAGACAUAAUCAAUAUUUUCAUAAUGUUAAAUCUAAUCUUGUAAGGAAAAUUCAACUAUUCCUCAGAAUCAAUUAUCAGAGUCCUUCCUUAUGAGGGAGGUAGUGUCAAAUUUCCUUUUGAAUAUAAUUUCAUAGUAGGAUUCAAUUUUCAAAGCUUUUUAAAAUUGGUAAUCUAGGUAACUCCUAGAUUAUUUCCAAUUUUAAAUGAUGAAGGAAAGCUCAAGCACUUUGAAUUUCAACAUUUAAUAAUUUUGGUAGGAUUAGGUCCUGAGAAUUAAAAGAAUUCCAUAGGUUAUUAUGAGAUCGACAAGUAUUUUAGAAAUUAAUAGACAUCUCCUAAUUUUUUUUCUAACAUGAAAUUAGUAAAAGAAAAAAUAGCAGAUUAAAAAAUAACUCAUGCAACAAAGAUUGGAGAAAACCCUAAAUCUUGGAAGGAUUUAUUACUGCCAAGGACAUUUGAACCUAUUUUAAUAGAUUCUUAAGAUUAUGUGUACAAUGAACAAUUUAAAAGAUGGAUCUCAGUUUCAACUUAAACUAUCCUAAACAACAAAAUGGCUAGGAUCAAUCAAUUUUCUCAUAAUCAUUUUUUGAUCCAAAAAUAUAGUCAAUAGCCAUCUGCAUUCUAAUUAUUUAAAAUAAUUUAAAAUAUUCCAAAUUACUAAGUUAACCUAACCAAUGAGUAAUAAGAAAUUAUAUCCUAUAAUGGAGAUGGAUUAGUAAUUGGUAGAAGUGGCACCGGGAAGACCACUUGUGCCUUAUUGAGGCUCUUCACAACAGAUGUUCUAUUUAAAAUCAGAAGUAAAUUAGAUUAGAUUAAUAAUUAAACUACAGAUAUAUAACUAAACUAAUUACAAAAGGAUUGUUAAUUGAAGACAAUCUUUGUUACAGCCAGUCCCUUGUUAGCAUGUUAAGUUAAGAGAUUAUAUGAGAAAUUAGUAUAGAAUAUCUAAGAUGCCAUUAAUAACAAAAAAAAGAGGCAAUAAAACAAUUAGACGAAAGUUCAAGAGUAGAAUGAUCAAGAGGGGUUGGAUCAGAGUACUUUUUAAAUUAUAGAUGCAAUAAAGAAUGAUUAGGAGUAAUAGGAAUGUCAAUAAUUAAAUGAAGAAGAGGAAGUGGAUGAUUAAGAGAUUGAUGAGUAUGAAAAAGAGAUGGGUAAAUUUUUGAAGUUUUCUGAUGUAAAUCAAUUUCCAAUAUUUGUAACUUUGAGAAAGUUCCUAUUUCUGGUUGAUGCCUCACUUAUAAAUUCAUUCUUUGCUAUUUUUGGACAUAAAUAGGAUCGAUCAUCUUAAUGGCAUAAUGAAUAAUUUGGAUAAAUGAAAUUGUCUCAGAAUAAUGAAGUGAUAGAAAAGAAACUAGAACAAAUUAAUUAAAAAUUAAUGGAUGAAAUUGAUAAUUCAGAUUACAUUUAAACAAAAAUGCAUGAAGUAACCUAAGAUGUAUUUGUGAGGGUAUUUUGGCCUAAAAUACUAGAAACCAUAAAAUUAUAAAGUCCACUGUCUAAAUGUUCUGAUCCAAUCUAUAUUUGGUCAGAGAUUUGUACAAAAAUAAAAGGUCAUGAAACAUCUCAUGAAUACAUAGAUAGAUAUUUGAGUUAUGAAAAUUAUUAUUACAUGUAAGGUUCUUAAGAAGAUGUGUGUAGCUUUGUUUAUGAGGCAUUUCAAAUAUAUGAACAACUAAAAUAUUAAUUGGGAUAUUAUGACUUAUUGGAUUUAGUAAAUCAUAUUAAUCAAGAGUUGGCUUUUGGUGAUGAUGUUAUUGAAAAUGUUCAUUAUUUAUUACUAGAUGAAUUAUAGGAUGUACCAAGGGCUGUGUUGAUUUUAUUAGAUCAGUUAACAGAACUUGGAUUAUUUUGUUGUGGUGACAAUGCUUAAAACAUAGCUAAAGGGAUUGGUUAUAAAUUUUUUGAGGUUUAAAACUGUUUAUUGUCUUAUAGAAAUAACAAGAAAAAAGUAUAUAGAAAUCUUAAAAUAUUUGAUUUGAGUGUAAACUUUAGAUCACAUAACAACAUUUUGUAAUUGGCUAACUCUGUAAUAAGAAUGAUAGAAAUAUUAUUUCCUUAUAAAAUUGAUAAGCUAAAAAAAGAAACAUCAAAUUUGAAUGGUCCAAAACCAAUCAUAAUUAAAAGUGAUGAUGUGAAUCAUUUAUUGAGUAAUCUUUUUUGUGAUUUCUUUUCAAAUGACCAACUCAUUGUAGAAUUUGGUUGCAAUUAAGUCAUUAUUGUCAAACAUCAAGAAUCUAAGACUAAAUUACCAAUUGAAUUAUAAAAUAUACUAUGUUUAACCAUCUACGAAGCAAAAGGCUUAGAAUUUGAUGAUGUGAUUUUGUUCAACUUUUUCCAUGACUCAACUGCUUCUAUCAAAGAUUGGGAAUCAUUAAAUGAUUUAGAUCCUUAUGCAGAAUAUUUAAAGAAGUCUGACUAUGAACAAUACAUUACAAGUAUUUAUAAAAAUAAUUAUUAGAUCAUUAGACAGAAGUAAUAGCCUCAAGUGAAUAAAAGAAUAACAAUGAAUUAGUAGAAGUUUGGUAAUUGAAAUAAAAAAAUUUCAAAGAUUACCAAUAAGUAUCCAUAGAUCUGUGUCAAGAAUUAAAAUAACUCUAUGUAGCAAUCACAAGACCUAAAUAGAGACUAAUUAUAUUUGAUUAAUCAUUAGAAAAGAGAAGAAUUAUUCAGAAUAUAUGGACAAAACUCAAUGCUGUUAAAGUUGUUGAUUCACAAGGUUAACCAAAAGAUAUUAAAUUUUAAUUAUAAUUGUAAAAAAAUAAUAAGGAGACUUGGAAAUAAUAAGGCUUUAAGAUGUUCAGAAUGAAUAAUUAUGAUCAAGCAGCAAAAUGCUUUAAAUUUGCUGAGGAAAAACAAUUAGAAUAAAAAUCUAUAGCCUAUAAUCUUGUUGUCAAUAAUGCUCAUAUCGCUAAUAAUCAUCAGCAAUUUCUAUAAGCUGCAAAGAUAUUCGAAGAAAUUGGUUUAUUACCAAGGGCUGCAUAAUGUUAUUUCACUGCAAAGUAAUUUAAAAAAGCAUAAGAAUUAUAUGAACAAUUAGGAUAGAUAAACGAGAUGGCUGAAUCAGCAUUUUUUGCCCAAAAUUAUUAAAAAGCUGCUUAAACUUUUGAGAUUUUAGGAGAUUUAAGAAGAUCUAUUGAUUGUUACUGUUUAUCAAAGGAGUGGGACAAAGUUGUUAUGAUGUUAAAUAAAUACAAAAAUGAAUUCAACCAUUAAGAAAGACAAGCAUUUUUAAAUUCUUUCUUUCCUAAUUAUUUAUAAAAUUUAGCAUAGGAAAUCUAGGAUCAAGGAGCAGAAUAAAUUGAUUGUACUUAAGAAUUCUAAGAAAUUAAUUAAGAAGAAAAAUCUGGAUUGAAUUAGUCAGAAAGCUUUGUUAUUCAGAAUUCAAUACUUAAUGAAUCUGAAAAUCAAUAGGAUUCUUAAGGCGAGCUUAGUCAAAUUAUUAAUUAAAUCAAGGUUGAAUCAAGCCAUGAGAUCUUAAAUUUGGAAGAUAAUGAAUAAUCUUAAUCAUUUUAAAUAGAGAAUGAGAGUUAAUAAAAUAUGGAUCAUUUAUCUAUUUUUGAUCCCGAAGAUGAAUGGUUGAAAUAAGAUUAAAAAUCUUUAAUUAAAUCGAUGUCAUCCAAGAUUAGCCACUAAUCAGAAUUUUCCAACAUUGUACUCCUGAAUCAACCAGCUUAAGUUUCACUAUUAUCAUCAAAAAACAAUGCUUUCGUUUCCAAUAAGAUUUUAUAAGAAUUGAUUCAAAAAUUUCAAUUGUUCUCUGAUGAAUUUAAGAAUCACUUAGUUUCAUAAAAAUAUCAAUCUAUAUAAUUGUCAAAUAGAAAAGAUGAUGAUAAAGAGUUUGACCACAUAAUAAACUUUGUUUAUGAUUUGGAUAACAUAGAUAUCGAUUCAAUUUAUAUGAUUUUGGAUAUUUUGGAGGAAUUCAAGAGUUACAAAUUGUGUAUCUAAUUAUGCAAUCACUUUAAGUUGGCUUCAUAUCUAGGAAGGUAUCUAGUAUCACUAGUCUCCAGUUAUUCUACUUUGCCUAAGAAGAAAGCUUAAGUUUUUAUUCAAAUGAUUACAAUGGGAUCUUAGAGAAGGAUCCUGCUUGAAUAAUCGGCGAUAUCUUAAAUUGCAAUAAAUAAUAUACUAGAAACAAUUAAUCCAAUAUUUCUAACAUUUAAAAAUGAAGAAGAAUUAAAUCUAAACAAUAGUCUAGGAUUGAGUUGCUAUUAACAAUUAAUUGGAUUAGGUUUUUGGAAGACAUUUGUGUACUAAUUGAAUUUUAAACAUUCAAUAGAUUUAUGUCUUUCCUUUAACAACUUCAUAGACGGAAUUGAAAUAUUCAAUAAAAUUUAAUAGCAUAGAAAAUAAUAAUUAUCAGAAGAUGACCAGUUACAACUCAGAAAAAUAUAAUAUUAUUAAUAGAUUAGGUUGAUUUAAGGAUAGUAGGAUAAAGCAUAGGAUUUUGCAAAAGAACUUGAUAACAUCUUUUAACUUACAAAGAAUUAUUAUGCGAAUAAAAAACAAGUAUUGGAAGAGGUGGAUCUUAAUUAACUAAUCAUUAAUGCUAAUAUCCACAAAAAAGGUUUGAAUCUUAAUGAAAAACUUAAAUAAAUAGAAGCUAUUAUCUUAAGUUUUGAUAUCCUUAAAUUGAGAUUCGAUUGCUCAGAUGAAAUAUUUAUAGGAUUGUUUGAGAUAGUCGAAUAUUUUCAUAAUUCAUUGCUUUCAUAUGAAAAUUAGGAGAACAUCAAAGAAGCGUUAUUAUUUUGCUAUGGCUUCUCAAUUCCUUAAGGAUAAAUUAUGAGUCAUUACUCUCAUUCUUUAUUAAUACAUAUAUCAUCUAAAAUAAUAAAACAUGUGGUCAAAGACUAUAAUAAUAAGGAAGACACUCAGAGAUCAAAUAGUUCUUUGAUCUUUGUCGAUAUUGGGUAUGAGUAUAUUUCAAUACCAUUUGAGCAAGCUAUAGAAUUAAUUAAAAGUACGUUUUCUUUGAAGAUUUAGUUGAUUUUGAAUAAUAAAUCUAAAAAAUCUAUGGAGUAUUAUUAAGUUAAUUAUGAUGAUUCUUUUUCUGUUAGCUCUUAAGAAGAUUGGGAAGAUACAUUAGCAGAGUUAUUAGUAUUUUUAAUGCUUGAUUAAUCUAAUAAAAGGUUUUAAAGCAAGCUUCCUUAGAAUUAGAAAAAAGAAGAAUAAAAAAAGUUGCAUCCUCUUUCAAUUUAUUACUCAAAAUAAACUGAGUCCUAAGAGUAUUCAAUAAUUGAUUCUGAGCCAUCUUAAAUACUAUAACUAAUACAAAGAAUAAUUUUGAAAAAUAAUAUAAGAUUUACAAACACUCCUAAUUAUAUUAAAUAAAUGAUUCGUGAGAUAUCUUUGAAUUUGAUACUCCAGAAUAAAAAUUCGAAAGAUAAUUAUCAUUCAGCAAUGAUUAUGGCAAUUAAUCUAUUACAUUUGACUGAUUAAUUAUCUUUUGCUGUAUUAAUCCUUUAAAAUUAGAAAAAAGGAAAUGAAGCAUACCUUAAAUACAUGGAAUUUCUGGAAUGCUAAAAUUUUGGUAUUAUUGAGGAUACCAUAGGGUGUUUUUUAGAUUAUAGUCAAUAUGUAAUCGACAGGUUUUAUUUAGAUGAAUAAUUAAAUCACUUGAUUAGAAUUGGUUUAAAUAUUCUUAUAUCAUUGUUGUCUAAUAGUUAAGAGAAAUUAACAAUAAUUAAAGUCUAUAAAGAAUAUUUAAAUAACAUUGAGAAUGUUGAUGAACAAAAUUGUAAAUUGGAGAUAGGAGUAUUUUAAUUAAAAAAUUAACCACUAAUUGAAGAGUAUCUAUAUCUUAUAUUUGAAUUUUACUAGUCCUGUUGUUCUAAAUACUACUAGGAGAAAAUAUUAUAAUUUUUAAUGGUUUUUGCAAUAAAUCUUUUAAAUAUUUAGUAAAUUAAGACUAUUAAGACAAUUAUCGAAUUUAUAAAAGAAAAUAAGCAAUUAAAAACAUCGCAAAGAUUACUAGAUCUAUUAGUUAAGGAAAUUUCAAAGAAUAAACAGGAAGUUUAACACAAAAAGCACAUAAUGAGCACACUUACAAAUUUAUUAGAUGAGGAUAUUAUUGAAAUAAAUAUUGUGAACAAAAAAUCAUAGUAAUAAUUAGAUGAAUGUUAUGAUAAAUGUAUAUAGGUUUGGAAUAAUUAUUAAAGUGAAGCAGAUAAAAAGGUAAAUAGUAUAAGAGAUUUGGUAAAGAAGUGGAAAGGAUUUAGAAAGGAUCAUAAAAUAUAUUUGACUGAAUCAAUAAAGCGAAAUUUAUUAUUCAAUAGAAGUUUACAAUACUUUAGGAUUGGAGAUGAAAGAUAGAGUAACAUAAAUCUAUGUUAAACCUUAAAGGAUUUAAAUAAAUAUAUGAAAUAGAAUAAUUCAAAUUUUAAUGAGAAUUUGCAGUAAAGUGUAGCUUUAUAGAGGUAAUAUAUAAAUUGAUAUAUAUAGGUAAUUAUUAAAGGCAAGGUAAAACUUCGUUAAUUCUCUUGAUGUUCGUUUAUUAAAUUCUUUUUUGAAUGAUUUGGGAGAAGAGAUGAAACUAUUGAUGAAGGGAUAAGAUAUUCAUAAAAAGGUGAAAUAGUUGGAAAUGGAUCUUAAAGGGUGGGAAUAAAAUGAUGAAGAGAGAUAGAUUGAUGAAAAAAUGAUGGAGUUGAAUAGGUAGCUGAUUGUAGAGAAGUGGAGAAAUCUAAAAGCUGGUAUAAAAGUAUGGUCAAAAUAAUAAAAUUCAUAAUUACAUCCUAGAGGUAAAAAGGAUUAAUUGUCUACAAUAUAAGAAGUAGUUGAGGAAGUUUGAUACAUCUAAUAAAUAGUACAUAUUAA